AUGGCAACUGUACAAAAUCCUGUGUAUCUUGAGUUUGAUAUCAAUUCCGAGACAUUAUGGGCAUUUUCAAGGACUCAAAUCGCUCAGGAUCGUGCCCAAUUUAAGACCCACGUGCUGAAUUAUGUACCUGAUUUAGUCCCCAAAAACAUUAAAUGUGACAAAAUAAAACGUUGUGACCAAAAACGUGUCUGUGCCAUUGUGUGUAAACACGGCUCCGUCCAGAUGGAAACAUGGCUACAAAACGCAUUAAAGCUACAACGUAAACUUGCCUACCGACGGAAUAUUUGCUCUGCAACGUUACCAGGAACACAUAAUUCAGCCAUCAAUUUGGCUGAUGGCUAUGGUGUCGAAGAUCACAUAUUUGGAGGCUAUUUGCGCUAUUUUUCGUGGUUUAAAAAGGGCAUGGAAGUGCAUACAAAUGACCAGCUCUUUUCUCUUACUGAUCAAUUGCACAUGGGUGUGAGAUUUAUUGAGCUCGAUGUGCAUUGGUUUGAUAAUGAUCUACGUAUUGCGCAUUGUGGCGGAUUCAGGUCCAAGUUAUUGGACAGAAUGAUUGAAGUUUUCAACGAAAUUGCAAAGAUUCUGGGCACUGGCAUUGAGUGGGACUCGGAAACAAUUGGAUGCAAACCGAGUUUAAGUAGUAUUCCGACCAAAGAACAACGGCCACUGAAGGAGGCAUUGAGUGAAUUGGCAACGUGGUUACAUGCACCGGAACAUUCCGAUGAGUUCUUGAUGGUGUUUUUUGACGACGAUACAAAUCUCAUGAAAUGGAAUAAGGUUGGUAAGCUGCUCGAUUAUUUGAAAAUGUAUUUUCUAGAGGAAGAGAUUCUACGACCAAUUGAGUUGGCGUACGGCACAACAUGGCCUACGUUUGAAGAGCUACUCCGUGCUGGAAAGCGCGUGAUGUUCAUGAGUGGUGCAGACUACCUUAUGCAUGGGGAGGAGCUUUUGUUUGUGAAACACACGAUUUGUGAUUGGCAAGAACCGCUAUUGCCUCUUUCUCCGUUCCCUGAAUGCCGAUUUAAUCAGUCUGAGACUGACAGUGGGAUUCCAGACGCAAACUUUACGAUCUUUCGCCCAGAAACCAGCGAGAUUGAGUACGGUUUUCUCAAUGCGAACGGCCAGAUUGGCUUGAACAAACACUUGCUGGACGAAAAAUCUCUUCCAGGCGUGGUAGACUGUGGUGUGAAUAUACCAUCACCAGACAACCUUACCCCAAAACGCAUGGAGGCUACAAUUUGGACUGUGGCUAAGGGCCAUGAGCUUGAUGCUAGCAAAUGUGUCGCGCUCAUGCGUGAGUCAAAGACUUGGCAGAGUGUCGAUUGUCAAGCGGCCAACUUGGUCCCAGCAUGUGUCGAUAUGAAAAACCCACGUCGUUGGCAGCUUGGAAGUCUGUCGGUCGUCGAAGCCGACGCCACUGCCGCCUGUGCUGCUCUGUCUAUGUCAGAAUUGAGGUAUUCAGCCCCAGCCUCAGGGUAUGAAAAUGGGUUGUUGUACAGUAAGCUGAUCCAGCACGCAACUAGGUCGAUUACAGGCGUGUGGUUGAACGCAAAAGUCUUUGUCUUUGAAGUAUACUCGAAGGAGCAGAGUCAGAAUGCCACCUCCGUUGCUCAACAACCGAACGCAUUGCUGAUUGACGACAUUAUCUCUAUGGAAUAA